AUGUUGAAGAGGGUACUCGGGGACAGGAAUGCCAAGGUCCUCCUGGUCCUGCCCUACGUCGCACUCGUGCAAGAAAAGGUUCGUUGGCUGCGAAACAUCGUUCAAGGAGCUUCAAAACCCAAAGACGAUAUUGAGGAUGAGAAACGCGUCUGGAGGCGCCGGGCCGAUGAAGACUCGAUCAGAGUCAUUGGCUUUUUUGGAGGAAGCAAGAUCAAGCCUACCUGGUCCGACUUUGAUAUCGGAGUCUGUACAAUCGAGAAAGCCAACGCGCUCGUCAAUACGGCGAUUGAUGAUUGUUCGAUUAAGCAUUUGAAGGCAGUCGUUCUGGAUGAACUCCACAUGAUCGACGAUGAUCACCGUGGCUAUCUUAUGGAAUUGAUGGGAACCAAACUGCUCACCUUGCCUCAGCCGGUACAGAUCAUUGGGAUGAGUGCUACCAUGUCUAACAUCAACCUCCUGGCUAGCUGGCUCAGUGCUCACUCGUAUGAGACACGCUAUCGCCCAGUGCCGAUCGAAGAGCAUCUCGUCUAUGAAGGCAACAUCUAUCCAGCCGCAACGACGAGCGAGCUACUCAAGACAGCCAGUCAUUUGAAAACGGGAACGCAGCCAACACAACAGGCUUCCAGGGCGACAAGACGGAUUGAGCCAUCCAGCCAUAAGGAGUUCCAAGAUCCGGUAUUGAACGCGGUCGUCUCACUCGCCAGCGAGACAGCCAGGGCUGGAUAUGGAGCCCUGGUGUUUGCCAGCAGUCGCUACGGUUGUGAAUCCGAUGCUCGAUGGAUUGCCAGAGUCAUGCCGACACAAGACGAGCUCGACCCUACCCUGCUCGAGAAACGCAUUGAUUUACUUGCUGAGCUACGUAGCCUUGGGACGGGCCUUGACCCAGUACUCGAGGAGACCGUACCGAUGGGUGUGGCUUUUCAUCUCAGACCGGCACGAAGAGUCAUCCUCCAUAAUGCCCGCAUGGGCCGAGAUUUCGUCGGGCCCUCCAUGCUUCGGCAAAUGCGUGGACGAGCCGGCAGAAAGGGGAAGGACGAAGUCGGGGAGACUUACCUGUGCUGCCGAAAGGACGACCUUGAACAGGUAGUCGACCUGAUGCAUGCUGAAAUGCCUCAGAUCACAAGCGGUCUAAUGACAGACAAGCAACGUAUUCAGAGGGCUCUACUAGAGGUCAUCGCCGUGCGGUUAGCCACAAGCAGAGAUGCCCUCGAUGAAUACAUCAGCAAGACACUGCUGAGUCACUCUGGCUCCUUCGAGUCUCUCCAGAACUGCGUUGAACCAACGAAACUAGGCAAGGCAAUUGUAGCUUCUGCUCUAGAUCCCGAUGAUGGAGUGUUCAUCCACAAAGAGCUGGGAAGGGCACUCCAGGCAUUUGUCAUGGAUGGAGAGAUGCACAUCCUCUACACAUUCACUCCCGUCCAGAACUAUGGUACCAACAUCAACUGGCAAGUAUUUCGGAACGAGACGGAGAACCUCGACGACAGCGGUCAUCGAGUUCUCGGGUUUCUCGGACUCAAACGUGCUGUGAUCAACCGACUGGCACAAGGUAGUACACUGAAGGAAACGACUGCCGAAGAAAAAGAAACGAUGCGUGUGCACCGUCGGUUCUACAUGGCAUUUCAGUUACGAGACCUGUGCAACGAGAUGCCCAUCCACGCAGUUGCGCGCAAGUACGACGUGCCCCGGGGCGCUGUCCAGACUCUCGCGCAGACGUGCCACGGGUUUGCGGCCGGGAUGAUCAAGUUCUGCGAACAUAUGGACUGGGGGUAA